AUGCCCUCCCAAAGGAUUGCAAUUGAAGAGAUGGCAGAGGAUAGCGAUGUACCUUUAGAGAAACGUUCUCUUUCUCCUGAAAAACGUAAUGUUGAGCCAACGGAGACGACGGCAGAGAAAAAGAGCAGUGGUGGCAAACGUCGUAGACGGAAUUAUGACGAGUAUGACCAAGAGGUGGCCAAGGAGGAUGCGGCAAAUGGUAGCAAGAAGAAUUGUUUAGAUGGGGACGAGAAUGGGGACGAAGAGGACGAUAAUUUGGAUGGGCUGAUUGCGGAGGAUGAGGAGGAGGAGGAGGAGGAGGAGGAGGAGGACCUUGCUGAGAUUGAUACGGCCAAUAUCAUUACAAGCGGGCGGAGAACUCGCGGUAAGGUGAUUGAUUACAAGAAAACGGCCGAGGAGCUUGCGAAACAAAACGGUGGUUCAGGACAGGCUGGGCAGAAUGUUGGUGAGGCGGAGGAAGAAGAUGACGAUGAGGAUGAUGCGGACUUUGCUGCAAGCUAA